AUGAAUGAUUAAAAUUACACAUUACACAGUAUUCGUAUGCCAGUAUUAAGAACAUUAAUUUCUCAAAAAUAAAUUGUUUAAAGAAACGAUUCUGCCAUGUCGUACAGAGAUAGAAGCAGAGGGUAAGAAUAUGACGAAUCACUGAUUUAUAAUUAUUCAAACUGCUAAGACUAAAAUCUAUUCUUUGCGUGAUUUUAGUAUGUAGGUAGGGUAGAACUACUUUGAGGGACUCUUUUUACUUACUACCGUAUAUCAGUAGCAGAUUAGGCCUAGUUGGCUCAUCAUUUAAAUUUAACACUAUACUACCACCCUGAUUAAUGCUGAAUCUAAAAGUUACUAUAGGGCAAUAAGGUUAACAUAAUUUUUGUAGUUUAAUAUGAGAGUAGUUAUUGCCAGUGACGUAACUGGGGGAGGGGGAAUGAUGAGGGCAACAAGAGGCAUGGGUGCUUUUUUUUUUUUUUUUUUUUUGUGGGGGGGGGGGGGGGUGCACAAGAUGCCAUCCAUAAAUGAUGCUGGAAUCUUAAGCUUAAAUUUAAUCCUCUGUACUCUGUUUGACUGAGACAGAGAAUAUUUGGACUGUCUGAGUCUGUGCCAAAAAAACUCAAUUUGUGUCACAAGACAUGAUGACAAGAAGACACCACAGAGACCUUUUCACAAGCUCUGCACUUUGUAAAAUAUUUACACAAAAUAAACUAAUUUACAAAUAUAAAACUAUCAACAUAUAUUCUUCUAGGGAAUUGAAUGAACUAAUAGGAUCUUUAUUAGAGAACCAUCGUUCAUGUUCUUGGACAUUCACCCGGGUCCAAUAUUCCUUUUCUUUUUUUCAAGUAUUCGCUUCUGCUAAUGCUACUAUUAUUGCUACAGUUACAGAUGUGUAUCUGAAUAUUUUUUUGAAAAUUAGAUUUUUAGAGACAUUCAAUGGUUGGAUUCAGAUUGAAGUUCAUUUCCCAAUGAAACCCAGAAAAAGAAAAAAAAAAGCAUCAGCUACUUAACAUUAACAUUAUAUCCUUACAAUAUGACUUAUAACAAUAACAUUAGCUCUGCACGCACUCUUACAUGUUUAAAUUCUCCCCAAAUAAAUAAAUCACAACUUUUAAAUGAAAACUUGUUUAAAGCCAGAUUUUCGUCAAAGUUUGAUGAUUUUUUUUUUUCACAGAUCAAAAGCAAUUUCUUUUUAAUGGAUUCAGCUAAAGAAGUUGAUAGAAAUUUAGAUGUAAUUAUAGAUAAUUAAUUAGUUAAUACCAUCCUAAUUUUUAAAGUUAUUAAUUUUAUGUCUUAUAUUAAUUUUUACUAUACCAUAAUGUAAAUAGAAGUCAUUUUUUAAAAUUACAUGCACUAUGUGAAUAUAAGUGUUAAAAGUAGGGUUCUCAUUAUAUGCAGAAUUUUUCAUUAUCGGUAAAAUAUAUAUUAUUAUAAGGCCACUUAAGCCUGUACCAACCAUUCUUCCAUCGAGUGUGCAUAGUGUCUGUGCAAAAAAACAGUGAAGUUAGUAGCGCUGCUUUGAAGGGAUAAUGACCACAGUUCAUUUUAACUAUUUUAAUAUUUGAAUAAAUAGUAAGUUCAUCAUGAAUAAUAUACAAAUAAUAAUUGAAUUUGUACCCGGAUACGGCAAUAUCUCAGCAUUUAUGUAUAUGAGAUAACCUAAUGUGCAUAAUUUAUGAAUGCAAUUUUUUUUUACACUCAGAAUAAACAUGUCUUAGUUGCAAAUUGAAGCCUAAAUAAGUCAUAGCCUAUAGCAAACAUUUGAAUGGGAUUCGAUGUGAAAAACUUCAUAAAAUAAUCCCCUGGGGCUGCUUUUGCCUUUUGGCAUAUUUUAAGGUCACUUAUUUUUUAAUCAUGUCUAGUGGUCACUAUGUAAACAUAAAAAUGAUUUGAAAUGACAGAACUCAGUAAACUAUCAAUGCAAGCCGCCAUUAAAAUACGAGAUGAUCAAGAAAUGUCAGACGCAUUCUAAUUAGCUGUUACAAAGACAAGCCAGCCAAUCUCAAGGCUUUUAUUAUUGUGCCAAUGGAUCUGCCUUUCGUCUUUUUCGCCAUUCGACUCUGGGCUGAUGGGUGGGCCCACCUGUCUCAAGAGGUUUAAAGGGGGAAAGUGGCCAAGAAUUUGUGAUAGUUUAUUGUGAGAGUGUCUGAAUUUUUUUGACAAAUAUGUGUAGUGUGGGAAGGAGUGCAAAAUAGCUUAAAAUCAUUUAUGGAUGGACCCCAAUAACAUACACAAUGUUGCUUUUGCGACCUUGCAUAAGACUUAGACUAGUUAGUUGCAUCCUACCCAGUAGAGUGGUUUACCUUAACUAAACUAAAUGCCGCUAGAGGCAAAGUCACACAAUUGCCCUCUCCACUACACAUCUAGUAAAAUUAAUAUAACGUUUUUAAUAAGCAUCUCUGGACUGUUGUCUUCCUUUGGCUCAUAUGUUAGGCAGCCACUGGUGAUUUCUACUACCAUAGGCCUGGUUUCAACCAUUAAUAGGGUGCUGAAUGGUAUCCACUGGAAGACAAAUCCUCCUGUUUCACUAAAAAUAAGAUUUCCUCCAUCAACAUUAAAAUUUCUCCUUUUGUAAAAAUGUUUGUGUAAUGUAAAGAAAAAGUAUUGUUUCAGCUUUCACUUCACGUAAUCACUAUUUUUUCAACGAUGUACCCAUUAACUCGCCAACUCACUAUGAAAAAGAUAGAUUUAUUUGAGUUCACAACACAAGAAUAAUCCAAAUGGUUUAAAUGGAGUAACACAAUGGUAUAUACCAAAAUCUAAAUUAUUUUUUUCAUGGUGUUAAUUAAAAAAACAUUUUUGUUAUAAAUACACCGGUAUAAGGAGAUAUUUUGUUCUUUUUAGUGGUUUUUCUAGUAGAUCUGAAGGAAGUUCUCGAGGGCGUUUUGAUAGAGAUCAAGGUGGUGCUGGAGGCCGAGGUGGCUUUGACAGAGGAGGCAUGAUGGAUAGAUCCAGCAGACCUUCUCUGAAGGGAACUCAGCCGGGACAAAAUUUAAGGAAGCCAAGAUGGGAUAUGAGCAGACUGCAAAAGUUUGAAAAAAACUUUUACAAAGAGCAUCCAAAUGUUAGUCGGAGGUCACCGGUAUGUUGUAUAUAAUAUUUUUUGCUUCAUAUCUGUAAAAAAAUACACAAGAAAGUUUAGGACGUUUAAGCUAAACUUUUCUUUAAAUGACGAAAUGUAUUUGUAUAAAUGAGAGAAAUUUAAUUUAGAAUGUAAAUGCAUAAUUUAACCAAGUAAUAAUAUUAUUACCAUAUAUUAUUAUUAUAUUAAGACUUAAAAGCUUUUUAGCAUCCAAAUCUAUUGAUUUAUAUUUCUGUUUCUUUCUUCCUAUUAACUGACCUAGUAAGAAUCAUCUAAAAUAAGUUAUAAAAAAUAUGAGGCAUUUAAUUACCAGACUCCAAUUUUGGUUUAAAACUAUUUUUUAAACCUUUUUUAAAUAUCAGGUGUUCCUAUUGUAUACUACUACAUGGUAAGAUUUGUUAUUACCCUAAUAAGAUGUCAUACUUAAUUUAUGAUGAAUAAUGGUGAUUUUUCUUUCAGUAAAUAAUAACUUAUUUUCUCUUUAGAGUGAAAUAGAACAGUUUUAUGAAGCUAACCAAAUAACAGUCAAUGGAAAAAGUAUACCCAAGCCAAUAUUUACAUUUGAGGAAGGAAAUUUUCCUGGUAAUUUAUUAUUAUUCCUUACAAAUUAAUAAUUUCAUUAUCCUAACAAUUUUGUUAAGGGUUAAAAUUACUUUUCACAAUAGUCUGUUCCGAAAAAGCUUACCGUACAGUCGUCCUUCGCCAUAUCACGGUUCACUUUUUGCGGUCUCACUUUAUCUCGUAUUUGUUAUUUCAAUAUAUUUAAUAUAGAUACACAUAUUGAAUUUUAUUUGUGGUUAAAAUUACGUAGGUUUAAAGGUGUGGCAAAUGUUUAUGAACACAUGAAGUGUUUAUAAGAGUGUGGGGAGAGUUUAUAAAACCUUAAAAUAUAUAUAAAUGAUAAAUUAAAUAAGAAGGUAACUACACAUAUUUUCACUUAUCACAAGGGUUUUUUAACCUUACCCCUGUAAUAGACGAGAGACCACUGUAUUUUUAAAAAAAAAAAAAAUUUUGCACCCAAAAGCCCACACAUAAAUUAAGAUAAUUUGAUAUUAAAUAAAUAUUUUUACCAAAAUUUUAAAAAUGUUCUAUUGAGUUCUUUAAAAAAAUAUUGAUAACUAAAUUUCAGACUAUGUAGUGAAUCAGAUACGAAAAAACUGCUGGCAGUCUCCUACAGCCAUACAAUCUCAAGGCUGGCCAGUAGCUAUGUCAGGUCUAAAUAUGGUUGGCAUAGCACAAACAGGCUCUGGUAAAACUUUAGCUGUAAGUAUAAUAGUAGCACCUGACCACUGCUUAAGUUAAUGAAGAUUUGUGUGUUUAAAUUUUUCUAAACUUAUUCUAGACAUGCUUUUAAAGAAACAACAAUUUCAUUUCAGUUUAUGUUGCCAGGCAUUGUGCAUAUUAACAACCAGCCAUAUUUAGAACGAGGAGAUGGACCAAUAGUAAGUUUUUUAUUUUUACCACACAUCUGAUUGUUCAUAGAUUGAUGGAUCUGAAGAUUUACUUAUUUUAUGUCAGUAUGUUUUAUAAUUUUGUAAAAGGUAAUAAUAGUUCAAUAAUAGCAAUCAUAAUUUGCUUUUUAGUGUCUUGUGCUUGUCCCAACAAGAGAGUUAGCCCAGCAAGUGCAACAAGUAGCUCAGGAGUUUGGGCAUACAUCUCAAGUUCGAAAUGCCUGUGUCUAUGGAGGUGCCCCUAAAAGACCUCAAAUUAAGGAUCUGGAAGAUGGUAAGUUAAACAUUAUUUAUUAUUAUAUUAAAAUUUGGAUAUUUUUUACAAAAAUGUUAUUUUUUAUGUCUUUAACUUUAAGAAAAAAUGUUAUUUUGAGUGAACAUAUUAAAACAUGAUCCCUCUUAAGUAUUAAAAAAAUGUCAAUGUCAAAUUCUUGAUAUGUUUUAAUUGUAAAUAUUAAAUUAAAUAUUAAUAUUUAAAGAGAGAUAUCUCACAUAUAUAUGAUUUAACCUUUAUCUAGGGGCUGAAAUAUGCAUUGCAACUCCGGGACGUUUAAUAGACUUGUUAGAAUCAAAUAAGACAAAUCUGCGGCGAACAACAUACCUUGUUCUUGAUGAGGCUGAUCGAAUGCUUGACAUGGGUUUUGAGCCCCAGAUCAGGAAAAUAUUGGAGCAAGUUCGAGUAAGUGAUUUUCUUCUUGGCAUUUGUUAACAUUAAAGUUGCCGUUAGUUUUGGUGUUGAGAAUUUCAAUUUAAUUAGUUAAAAGAGCAAGAGAGAAUUUUCAGACAAAACAGAAUAAAGAGAAUUUUACAUUGACGUUUAAAAAUAUAUACAGCCAGACCGACAGACUUUAAUGUGGAGUGCUACAUGGCCAAAGGAAGUUCGCAAGCUGGCAGAAGAUUUUUUACAUGACUAUGUUCAAGUUAACAUCGGAGCUCUGCAACUGACAGCCAAUCACAAUAUUUUACAGAUCAUCGAUGUUUGUAUGGAGUUUGAAAAAGAAGAUAAGUAAGUAAAAUAUUUUUAUUGAACAUUUUAACAAUUUCUGCUUGCAGGAGAAAUUGAUUUUCUUUUAAAGAAAUAUUAAAUGGAAAACAUAUUUUCAUUCCUUUGUUUUCAUUUGUAUGCUACACCACCAUACUGUACAUCGUUAUAAUGCAUUCUCUGUAGGCUUGUCAAGCUUUUAACUGAAAUUAUGCAAGAGAAAGAGAAUAAAACGCUUAUAUUUGUUGAAACAAAAAGAAAAGCUGAUGAUAUUUCCAGACGCAUGAAAAGAGAUGGGUACGUUUUUUUAGACUAAACUCUAAUAUCAUAUUACUAAUAAAUAGGACUUUGUAGGAUUAGCUAAUUGCUUUUCAAAUUUUUACUUUUCUUCAACAACUUCAAUUGCUAACCACUUGUUCAUUAAUCAUUUUAUUUAAUCAUAAAUUUAUUGGUUAGAUACAAAAAUUUUUAAUACCAAUCUGAAAAUAUGAUCCUACAAUGACAAUGGACCUUACUUUUAAAAAAUAAACUGAAUUCAAAAUAUAAAAACCUGUAGCAGCAAAGAGGUUAAUAAUUAAUUUAAUUUUUUUUAAAUUUUGAGUUUAUUUCAUCCUAUAUCAGAUGUUAAAAAUGAAAACAUGAAACUUAUUUGACUUUAUCAUCUUGUUGUUCAUUCAGUUGGCCUGUCAUUUGUAUCCAUGGUGAUAAGUCCCAGCAAGAAAGAGAUUGGGCACUAAAUGGUAAACUUGCAUUUUUAAAUUUUCAUUAGAAUUAAAUUGAUAUGUAAUUAUAUAUAAAAAUAAAAAUAAUACAAAUGAAGCAAAUAUGAGUCUUUUGUGGUUGACUGUCCAAUAGUUUGGGAAUGUUUUUCUACUUCUAAACCUGAUCAAUUGUACAUAAAAUUGGGAAAAAGACACAAAAGUUUUAAGGCAUGUAUAAUUAAUUUCAGAAUUUCGAAGUGGAAAAACCCCUAUUCUUCUAGCUACUGAUGUGGCUUCUCGAGGUUUAGGUAAGUUCAAUUGUCUUUGUUGGAGUUUGUUAUGAUUUUUUAGAUUUAAUAUUUAAAAGUAUUAAAAGAAUAUUAUGUAAACUAUUUUAAGCUAUUUAAAAUUUAGCCUUUUAAAAUAGAAUAAAAAUAAAUAUAACAAAUUUAAUUUAAAAUUGUUAAGGUUAAAGUAACAGUAAAUUUAUCUCAAUAUUAUUUUUAAAAAAUAUCUAGUUGUUCAAAUUUUUUUAGCUUGUUAUUUAUAUUACAACAGAUAUUAUUUUUCAUUUUUGUGACCUCUCUUUCAGUCUGUUGACAUAAAUCUAUACUGUUUCAGGAACAUAAUGAUAAUUUUAGACUUAAGACAAUCCAUGGUAUUCUUAAAUACAAAUGCACCCUAACCUGCUGUUCAAAUGUAUUGGUUAGAAAUUGUCCGCUGCUUUUUUAACAAACAACUAUUUAAGGUUAAAAUUGUAGGAUAUUUAUGCAUGUAGUUACAUAUGGCUUUCCUAAUUAACUAACAGUUUAGUGUGUAUCUCGACAGAAUUGGUGCAUCGACUGGAAGUCUGAUCAUGACUGGAGAACCGUGCAGCGAGAAACCUGAGAGGGAAAUAUGGUCCUUAAUCAUGUCCCACUUUACCAGGAAUCCAGUGGCCAGGUUGAUUCAGUUCGAGUCUGCCAGUCGCUGGAUGCCUUGGACAGGCAGGCCAUGUUCUUAACGACGCCGAAUGCCAGUCACACUCCCUAUUCUUCCCCUUCGGCUGACAAGGGCUAAUAUUUUUUCCUAACUCCUUAUCUCAACUUCUGUGGGACAUUUGUUACAAAAAGAGUGGACCUUGUAAAAAGAGACAAUGAAAAUUUCUUUUCACCCCCACAAAGUUUAUGUAAGUUUGGUUGCGAGGCUGACAGCUUGAUUCUACACAAAGUACAAAUCCUUACAAUGCAGAAAUUAGCAUUGGACUGCCUUUGAGGAGACGAGCCUGUCUUUACUGCACAGUCUUAGUGUCUGUGUAAGUGGUUUUUAAGGGGUGCAAUUUUAAUAAUUUUGUUAUCUUGUGCUAUCAGUUUUUAAGAUGAUGGAGUGUGAAGGUAUUGUGCCAUUUGUCUUGAUUUGUUCUUUGUUUGUUGCAUUUUCAUUGUUUAAAUUAUAUUACAUGAGACUCGUUUAGCCUGUGCCCUCAGCACACACAGCACAGGGGAGCUUUGGGGUCAAUGUUAUCAAAGUUUUUGGUUAAUGAUCAACACAGCCUCUCAACCUUCUUAAAACCACCAUUUGUUGUCUCUCUCUUUCUCCUCCUCCCCCCCCCCCUCCCCAACCGUCAAGGGUUAGGUAAGCUAAUCUUGCCAUAUUUCCAACACUAAAGAAAGCCCUUGUAUCAGCCAUUUAGUUUGGUAGCUCUCUCUAUUUCCGCUGGUGCGGCUGAAGUCAUGCCAUCAGACACAAGGUUGUUUUGUUUAUUUUAAGUCUGCACUGAAUAUGGGAACUUGCCUAUACAUAUAAGGACUCUAUUGCUUCUUCACUUAAAAUGCACAUUCAAUUUUAAGAAAAUUUUAUGUUGCAUUCCACUUGAAUUAGAAAAAAUUAUGAAACAGUUUUGUAAAAUCUGCUCUGUUAUGCACCAGGAGUGACGUUCGAUUUUUCUAAUUGUAAAAGAAAAUUCAGUGGCUAGAUGCAAUGGUUGUUCCAAUGUGUAAGGUUAAGUUUCCUCAUUUGAAGGGUUUUCAUACAAACAGUAGCAUACAAGAUAUGAUCAGAUGAAUAUUGACAAAGUAUUUUUAAAUGUUAAUUAAAGAAUAGGUAUUUUAAUACAGUUUUGGUUCGUCAUUUGUGGGAGUUCAAGGUAAGUGGCCUUGGUAAUAAAUUAAAAAUUGGUUACAUUUUAUUCUUGAGUCCUAAGUGGUAGUGGCUAAUGUAUGCCAUUUUUAUUUCAUCAGGCAAAGGUCUCCUGUUAAAAAAAAAAAAGACUUGACAAAGCUUAAUUUAAAAUUUUUACUUUUGUCUUACAAACUUGGCUCAAAUAAAUCCUAAAGAAUGCCACUAAUUCUUAGGAACUAGAAGAAAAUGAGAUACAAUUUUAUUGUAUUUAAAUGAAAGAAGAAGCAGCAGGUGCACUUAAUGAAAAUCCUAAUAAAUGAAAUGAUUUCAUAAGACCACUAAAGGUAAAGCGUAAUUGAAUGUCAUCCCAUAGAAACACAUCCAAUAACUUCCUACAAAGAAAUCUAAAUUUCAUUUCUAUAUUUUUAAACCUGUUGUAAUACAUUUUUUUUCCUUAUAUCUGCAGAUGUUGAAGACAUAAAAUUUGUCAUCAACUUUGACUAUCCCAACUGUUCUGAAGAUUAUGUUCAUCGCAUUGGCCGCACGGCUCGCUCUACAAAUACAGGCACUGCAUACACCCUGUUUACACCAGCAAACGUCAAGCAAGCCUCUGAUCUUAUUUCUGUGCUGCGUGAAGCUAAGCAGGUGAUUAGUCCCAAGCUUCUUCAGAUGGCAGAGUCUUCCAGGAGUUAUCAGGGCAAAAGUAAGUUUAACCCUAGAGCUUUUGCUCUGUGGUAUCAAGUCAUUUUCAGUAUUUUGAUAUCCUUGUCUAAAAUAACUAAAUCCCCCACAAAAUGAAUUAGGGACCCUUACAUAUAUAUUUUUUCUAAAAGUACAUUACCGUAGGUAAGGAAUCACCAAUGAUUUGAAAAAAGAAUUAGUUUUUAUAUUAUUUAAGUUGAUAUGGACCUAACUUUUACACUGUGAAUAAAAUUGUACUACUCAACUUUUGCAUUCAUCCCAAACUCACCUCUUUGUUCUACCUAUUAUUACAUCAGGUUUUUUAGAUAUCAAAAUAAAUAUCCUUUCAUAAAAUGUCGUACUUAUUUUGAAAGUGUGAUUUUGGUGAAUUUUUACUCAAUCAAAUUUUUGUCAUACAAAAUAACUAAGGGAAAAAUGCAAAAUGAGUUCAAAAAUUCCUUUUCAAUUGAAUUUAUGUAAUCCAUUUUUUUAUACUCUAGAACAGUGGUUCUCAACCUUCCUAAUGUCGCAACCCUUUAUUGCAGUUCCCCAUGUUGUGGCGACCCCCUAAUAAAAUAGUAUUUUCAUUGCUAAUUCAUAACUGUAAAGUAUAUGCGUUUUCUGAUGGUCUCAGGCGACCCCUGGGAAAGGGUUGUGCGACCCCCAAAGGUCCAGUAGUGACCCACUGGUUGAGAACCACUGCUCUAGAACAUACACAAACAUAAUUUCUUUGUAUCUCUUAAGGUCUUUGAGAUUUAAUCUUUGUCUGUUCUGUUUAAUUUCCACCUUCCCCAAAUGAAUUUGUAACAAUGGGAUUAAGCUUAGGGCUAAAAUUGUCAAUAUCUGACACUUUUUUUAUAUUGUCAUUAUCAUUGGAGCUAAUACUGUCAUUAUCAUUGGCGCUAAUACAGUCAUUACUAUCGCUUGGAAUAUCUCAUAAAUCAUUGUUUUCAUUUGAAUCUAUUUGAAUUAAUUUCAAUAAAAAGAGUCUGUUGCCUCUCCAGCAUAAGGCAGAAUGGCAAUUUAAAUAAAUUAAAUUGAGCAAAUUUGUUUCUUAUUAAUCACAAAACAAGCUUUGAUAAAAACACAUUUAGACAGAUAGAAACAGAAAUAGGAAGCAAAUUCAUUUCUCUAGAAGGGUUUCCCCUUUAACAACACACAUUAAAUAAUUCCCAUUUUUCAUGGCCAUUUUGCUAGCAGCUGAUUAUGUCAGCAGUGACAAAGCAGAGAGGGGGCAUUAUGAUCAUUAUUAGUUUUAGGGUUGGCAUCUUAGUUUGUAACAUUAAUUAAAGAUCUGAAGUUUUUGGUCCAGAAUCAUAUACAAAUUAAGCUUAACGUAAUGUUAAGGAAAUAAUGAUAAAAUUUUAUUAUGUCAACCAAAUGGAAAAAUCUUUUCUGUGAUAUAUUAUACUACUAGGUCGCAGUCGUUGGGGCGGUAAGGAAAGAGGAGGAAGAGACGACAGAGGACCCUCACUUCGUGAUAGAGACCACAGUGUCGGUGGCCGUGGAGGGAGAGGUGGAAGCACUUCUGGAUAUAGGUUUGCUAUGUGUAGUUCAUGUUUAACGUGUUGGUAUAUUACAUUUGAACUGAUCAAAGAUAAUAGUAUAAUCUUUACUCCUAAUGACCAUUAUGAUGGCGCAUAAUUGCUUAGCUCUGCAGUCUGGUACACAUUGAUAUUAUUAAUAUAGUAUUAGAUAUAACAAGAUAGUCUGGUUAGACAUACUAUCUCUAUGAGGUAUUAAACUAUUUUGAAGUUCAUUAUUGUUUACAGGA